AUGCGACCGCCACGCCUUCUCCUGGUCCUCUUCUUCCUUAUCUUCUUCCCUAUCUUCGUUACCUUCUAUUCAGCGCUCUCUUCAUCAUCCCGUGUGGCAACACCUACUACACUUACCAGUCCUGCUUCAGGUUUCCGCGCCCUAUUUUCUUUCAACAUUCCGACCUCCCUGUUUCCACCGUCCGCUAUUAUUAGCCUGACCGAUGACAACUCCACUUUCUUCUUAGCGCGCCCCGCGGCAUUUGGCCCACUACUGCCAGGAAAAGGUCUAAGUGGCCAACUUUGGGUGGGUAGUGGCUUUGGCGAAGGAAGCCUGGCUGCUGGCGUUGAAGGAGAAUUAGGAUGCUCUGAUAUUCCCGGCUGGGGCGAAGGAAAUGGCCACAAGCAGCCAGACACCUCCCCCAGGGGUGCAGAGCAGAAGUCCGGCAAGUCCGGUAGUGGUACAGCGAAAGAGGGGCCUGUGUCACAAAACUCGCGCUCUACAACCCAGUCCGAAGCCUGGCAGAACGAGAAGGGUGAUUCUUCAGAUGUCCCCUCAUCGAGCGAUGGCACGGACGAUCAUCUGCAUCACCCUUUGUCCGAAUCCAGCACUUCAGAGAUUGGGACAACUCAGAAAUACGGAGAUUACGUACAGGUGAAGCAGUCGACCCAUGCGGAUAUUCAAUCUUUACAGGAAACAGCCGAGAUACAGGGCAAAGUCGUUUUGCUGAGCCGUGGUGGUUGCGGGUUCCUUGAAAAGGUCAAAUGGGCCCAACGCCGAGGAGCUGUCGCAUUGAUAGUGGGUGAUGAUACCCGCGGUGGCAGCUUGGUUACCAUGUAUGCGCGAGGCGACACCUCAAAUGUCACGAUUCCGGCGCUGUUCACUUCCCAUACCACUGCCCAUCUCCUUUCGUCAUUGAUCCCAGCACACUCUGGUACCGAUACUGGAUUUGGGGAAGCGUUAAAAUCCCUGCAAGCUCACCUUGCUGGUCAAAUAAACGCAGACAGCCAGAAGGCCACGAAGACUACAGCUGCUCUGGGCAGCUCCACACCAACAUCUACCACUUCCUCUCCAAUGAAGGAACGCCCCGAUUCUGUUAAAAAUCCCAGCGGUGGUUUCUUCAGAACCCUCGGUUCUCUUUUAGGGUUAUGCAACAAGUUUGGUGACUCAAAAAGUGGCGAAGAUAGUCGACGUCCACCAAGUAGUGGCAACAUCGAUUGGAUGACCUGGGAUGUUACUGACACUCGGCUGGAUCGCACGAAGAACUCUUUGACAUACAAUGGCCGGAAUAAGGGCAAAGCCGAUGAUGACCUGGACGAAAGAAAAGUGGGGCUGGUCGCGGACAGCUUUGAAGCCGAUGACUUUGUGAUUGGAGUCCAGGACUGGAGAGACCCUGAUCUGAUGCCUGCACGAAGCAGCAUUCUUCCUACACAAAGCACCACUACGACCGGGAAAGAUGCCUCCAAGACCUUUGCUCCCGAGUCAGACGCGAUUUCUUCUAAUAUUCUACGCGGCGGUAGCAUCACUCCUGGAAGUGGAGAAUAUCAAAGCAUUGAUAAAGCUACGGGCAAAUCCCGCGAUUCAUCGACCAAAGAGUCCGAGAAAGACCCCCACGCAAAUACAGAACAAUCCAAAUCGUCACAAAAGAGCUGGUUCUCUAGUCACUUUGGUUGGGGUGAUGAUGAAACGCAGUCGAAUACUCAGCCGACCUCUUCUCCUGUGGCACCGAAUGUUGCCUCAAACCAAAAGUUUCAGAAUGUGGCUACACCAAGCCGCCCGGCUACUUUGUUCUCUGAGCAUGAAGGUCUUUGGGUCACCUUGACACCAACCAGCAUGUCGACAAGCCCAUUUUUCGAUACACUUCUGGUACUGGUGAUCAGUCCACUGUUGACACUGACCGUAGUGUAUGCACUAUUACUACUUCGAUCCCGUAUGCGGCGGCGUCGUUGGCGCGCACCAAAGUCUGUUGUUGAGCGUCUUCCUGUUAGAACAUACCACACGAUCUCAAAUAGCUCUUCGUCUUCAAGCUCUCCUCGCCCUUGCAGUCCUGGUGCUGCUACGCCAACUUCUCCCCUACUCAACAAUGAACGCCGAUCAAGCACAUCUCGACCCACGCGCCAACGUUCUCAAACCAUCGCUGGGGCCACCGUCAAUUCUGGUGGUUCAAGGGAAGAGAAAUCGUCCAGCCUGCAGUCGGGCUCUAUUCUUUGGCGCCGCAAGUAUACUGGAAGGCAAGUAGAAUGCGUUGUGUGCCUCGAGGAGUAUAUCGAUGGACAAAGCCGAGUGAUGAGCCUGCCUUGUGGGCACGAAUUCCACGUGGAGUGCAUUACUCCUUGGCUUACUACUCGCCGCCGAACUUGUCCUAUCUGCAAGGGUGAUGUUGUCCGCUCAAUGUCCCUCUCACAGGGUGAUGAAUUCGGCCCCCAUCAAACCGAACAAGGCGGUGCUAUUGGCGCCCGGGAAAUAGACGCUGCGGAAGAUGCAUCAUCUGCACCCCUCCUCAUCGCAGGGCUUAAUGAUGACGCAUCUGAUGUCGAGAAUAACCCUGGUCCACUCGAUGGACGCUCGACUUCUGCACCUUCGUCGAGCUGGAGACACUUAGCUUCGCUGAGUCUUUCUGCUCUUAGCGGUGAUACCAUCUGGCAUCAAGCUCGUGCUGAUCGUAAUCGCUAA